UUGCAUGUGCAAGGCAAACAUGUGAUAAUGGACAAUGGUAUUGUAAGAGUCACUCUAUCAAAUCCUGGGGGCGUCGUCACAGGAAUAAAUUAUGGUGGUAUCAAUAACAUACUAGAAGUCCGUAAUAGAGAAACUAACAGAGGGUAUUGGGACGUUGAUUGGGAUGAACCGGGAGGUCGUGGACAGCAAUAUGUGAUACAAGCGACAGAGUUCAAAGUAAUAGUGCAGAAUGAGACUCGGGUGGAGGUCUCAUUCUCAAGAAAAUGGGAGCCCUCCUCUGGAUCAGGCCUCGUACCCUUAAAUAUCGAUAAAAGAUUUGUAAUGCUUCGAGGAUCACAUGGUUUCUACACAUAUGCCAUAUUCGAGCAUUUGAAUGGAUGGCCGGAUUUUGAUCUUGGUGUUGCUCGGACAGUUUUCAAGCUUAGAGGAGACAAGUUUCACUACAUGGCUAUCUCGGAUAGCAGACAAAGGCAUAUGCCCUCGCAGGAUGAUCGAUCACCACAACGAGCCGAACCCCUUGCAUACAAAGAGGCCGUUCGUCUCACAAAUCCCGGCGAGCCGGAAUUUAGAGGGCAGGUGGACGACAAGUACCAGUAUUCCUCCAACAGAGAAGACAUCAGGGUUCAUGGGUGGAUAAGCUUCGAACCACCGGUGGGCUUCUGGGUCAUCACGCCCAGCAACGAGUUCCGAACUGGUGGGCCUCUCAAGCAGGAGCUCACCUCCCACGUUGGGCCUACCUCCCUUGCUGUGUAUAUUAGUUGUCACUACAUGGGAACGGAUAUCUUGCCCAUGUUCCGAAACGGCGAGCCCUGGAAGAAAGUUUUUGGGCCCAUUUUCAUUUAUCUCAACUCGGGCCCAGAAGGUACUAAGGCCAAUUCCCUGUGGGAAGAUGCAAAAGCCCAAAUGAGGAAUGAAGUUCAAAGUUGGCCAUACAGCUUUCCAGCUUCAGAAGACUUCCCUAAAUCUGCACAAAGGGGUUCUGUUAUUGGUAGAUUACUGGUUAGGGAAAUGUUUAUCAACAGAGAGGAUAUGCCCGGCAGUUCUGCAUAUGUUGGGUUAGCUUUACCUGGAGAAGCUGGAUCUUGGCAAAAGGAAGGCAAGGGCUACCAGUUCUGGACAAAAGCUGAUUCUAAUGGAUCUUUCUCCAUUAAAAAUAUCAGGGCAGGAGACUAUAAUCUGUACGCCUGGGUCCCUGGUUUUAUAGGAGAAUACAAGUAUCCCACAGUUAUAUCGGUCAGACCAGGAGGGUAUGUUGAUCUGGGCACUCUUGUACAUGAGCCUCCGAGAGAUGCCCCAACCUUGUGGGAAAUUGGCGUUCCUGACCGUUCAGCUGCUGAGUUCUUCAUCCCAGAUCCCGACUCCCGCUAUGUCAACCCACUCUACAUAAAUCAGGACAGGUUUAGGCAGUAUGGGUUGUGGGAGAAGUAUGGGCUUAUGUAUCCCGACAAGGAUCUAGCUUAUACUGUAGGUGUUAGUGACUACCGAAAAGAUUGGUUCUACGCACACGUUACAAGGAAUAACAACGGCACCUAUCUCCCAACUACAUGGACAAUUCACUUCAGACUUGAAAAUGUGGUUCCAGGAGGAAUUUAUAAGUUGAGACUGGCGAUUGCAUCAGCCAAUUUUGCCGAAGUGCAAGUUCGGUUCAACGACAUGGUUGUGCGUCCUCACUUCACCACCGGCAGAAUUGGUAGGGAUAAUUCGAUUGCUCGGCAUGCAAUUCACGGAUUCUACUCAUUUUAUAGUGUUGAUGUAGAGAGUAAUUGGCUUCGACAAGGAGAUAACACAAUCUAUCUGAGACAAGCCAGAGGCUCCACUACUUUCCAAGGAGUCAUGUAUGAUUACAUCCGUUUCGAAGGGCCCAGCCGUCCCAGUUGA